GUAAUGGUAGCCACGGCAGUGCAAGAACAUUCCAGUGGCAUCAGUUCAGCCGACAACAACAAUACUCCAAGAGCAUUGGGCGAAGAUGAUGACGAUAUCUCGACUACCUGCUCGGUGUCCAGUUUCACAAUGGGGGCAGAAAUGGACUUCGACUCCAUGCCUGAAGAGCAAGUUAGAAUUCAGGCGCAUAAGUUGAGUGAGAGGUACAAGUUGCUGCUGAAGGAGUGUGACUCGGAAACAGCUCACGCGAAGGAACUUCGGAAACGUGUGAAGAAUCUGGAGAGCGAGAAGGUAUCAUUCUCGUCAAAAUAUACAGAUGAAAUAUGUCAACUACUGUCUGAGAAUACCGUUCUCAAAUCAAAGCUAGAAAGAGUGGAAGCGGGUAAACAGAACCAGGAUUUCCAAUCAGUCUCCAAAAUUCAGAACCUUACGGCUGAUCUGAACUCAAGAGAAGAGCAACUCAAGGUUGUCAACAACGCCUUGAACAAGCUCAGAGGAGAAUUGAAUAACGAAGUUUCAUCUCGGAAAGAACUCGAGCACGAAAUGGAUAUGCGCAGACAAGAGUACUCAGACAAAAAAGAUGCUCUGGAGAAUAAAUUGGAGUGUAUAAUAGCAGAGAACAAAAGCCUGAAGACUGAGAAAAAUGCUCUGACUCAGAAGGUUGCUGACCAGAACAAUCUGAUCAAAUCACUGGAGGAAAAAGUAGCAGAAAUGGUUAAAGACAACCAGGCAGUUGAGUCAGACUGGAAACACACCAAGGACGAGUUCGAUACAUUCGUGGUCUGCGCAGACGACAAACAAGCAGAGCUGAUUAAAAGAGUUGAGGAGCUGGAGAAUCAGUUGAUGAAGGAAACGAGUGAGAAGAACCGGAUGGCAGACAAGACUGAGAAAAUAACAAACCAACUCACCGACCUUAUCAGGAGCUAUGAAAACAGCAAACACGAGAACGGCCAGUUGGCUCAGGAGCUAAUAAUGUUGAAAGAAGAAAAAAUGAGAGUUGAAUCUUCGUUCAAGUCUUCCAAGCACGAGAAUGAUCAACUGAAGAGGCAGCUGGCAGAUUACGAACAGAACUUUAACUCCAUCCGAGUCGAACUUGAGCAUGCGCUGAAGCGUCAGAGGAUGUUCGAAAACACGUACUCCGAUUCAUUCAAGAACUUGGAACUGGUUUUGUUCCAGCAUAGCUCGGGUGGUACCUCGAACAGGCAGAAACACACUGCUGGCUCGUCGGCCAAUCCGAUUGGAGGUAGAAGAACCCACGAAAGAGCAGAAGCACGCAACAAGAAAGGGCGUGGUGUGAAUGAGCUUCCCACCAAAGACAACGGCGGAGUUGAGUUGGGAACGAAUGGGUCUGAAGUUGAACCGAACCACCUAGUUGAGUCAGUUGCCUCCAUGUUGCAACACUAUAACGCCCAAGUUGAGACCAGCCGAUCGGAGAACACGGCGCUGGUUGAUCGACUGAAGGCAGUAACGACAGAGAUAGACUCGUACAAGGAGGCCGUGGACCACAGCAAGCGAGUGCUGGACGAACUCAAAGAACAGUUAGCCAAUAAGAGCCACGAAGCAGCCAAGUUGAAGCGGGAGAAUGCAGAGUUGGAGCAGAAGGUGUCAAGUGUGUCUCAGCAGGCGAGGGAGAGUGGGGAUGCAUAUGAGAAGCAGAAGUCAAGGGCUGACAAACUGAGUGACCAGAUGCUAGUGUUCAAGAAGAAGGCAAAACUGGAGGAGGAGACGAAGAAGAAGCAGCUUCUGUCAGUCGGUGUCAAAUUAGCAUCUAUGAGAUCCAUGGGAGUUGAAGAUAGUAACUCAAUUCGGACUUGUCUGGACUCGAAUGUGAGCGAGUACUCGGAGUGGGAACUGAUUCUGAACAACGUCAUGGAGCAACUGGACUCAUACACCUCUGCAUACAAAAGUCUGAUUGAUAAAUAUCGAAAACUGGAUUUUGCAUGUGUGCGUAAAGACGAAGCACUAGAUGAUUUGCAGUCCAAUCAUGAGUCAGAGAUGUCGUCUCUGAAGGGCCAGCUCGCACACCAGACUCAGACACACAACAACCACCAAUCACAGCUGGAAGAACACUAUCAAUUGAUGGUUGAAGACCUCAAGAAUAAACUUAAGGACAACCAGAAGUGGUCAAGUGAGAGUGCGGACAAGAUAGUGUUGCUGGAGAAUGUGCGCACCAGUCAGGAGAUAGAGAUAGGCGAGCUGAAGGAACUCCUCAUCAAGUCUCAGAACAACGCACAGAGUUUCCAGCUGGCUCUCUGUCUGUUGUCUAGUGUGCUAUGGCCUACAUUCGACAGACUGAAUGCCCUCAUAUCCCAACAGCACAUGUUGCUCCACUACUACACGGAGAGUGAACAAACUGCUCACCAGAUUGCGAAGCUAGUCACCGCGUUAAACAACGAAUUGCAAAGUGACGACGAAAGUGAUACUAUUCCACCACAGCGAGACCUCUCAAGUAAGCGUCGUUUGCCACCCGUGUUGAAGUUCAGAAGAUGCGUGAUAGCUGUUCUGGCUGCGAACCGGCUCAUACGAAUAGCAAACGAUUCUUCUCUCUGUUUCACAGUGGAUGAUCACCUAGUCGGAGGUCCCAAUUGUAGGCUCAGUGUUUAUAUUGGACAAGGGGCGUCCAGUCACUCGAAUGGAAACAAUAUAGAAUCGAGUGAGUUUUCGGGGAAUUUGAAGAAAAAUAAAAAAGGGAUGAAAUCGCGAAAAUCAAAUCAGCCAACUGUGGUUCUUCGUGAGCCCAAAGAGAAAAUCCAGUCUCACCAAGUCUCUAUGAUAAAUUGGCUCACGGACAAUGGAUUCCCCUACAAAGUGGUAACAUCACUCAAUGACCUUUUGACCUUCGUUCAGACAAAUUCAGUCGACUCAGAUGGGAGUCAGAAACAGUUGAAGGGAAUCCUGACCCAGACCAGAAACUGUUUUGUUCAGUUAGUUUCGAGAUUGUCCCAGCACUUCGAAACUUGCUCGCCGCUGGCGGAAAUUUCGGCUUCUCUAGUACGAGAGCGAUCGUCACUGGCGCAGAGACUGUUGAAAGGACUGCAUUCGACUAUGCUGAAAAUGACCCCAGCUCAGCGGGCAGUGUAUGUCCCUGUGCAGCACAACCUCUCUGCAGUACAGACUAAAAUGAUAGAAUUGUGUGAGCGCAUUUCAUGUCUGGAGGAAGACAGGGCAAGAGUGGAGAGGGAAAUGGCGAAUCUGAGGUCAGAGAAUGGACACCUUGCCUCAGUCAGAGACAGAGCGGAUAUACUGCAAAAGAAACUAGAUACGCUCAAGGCACAGAGCGAUUCAAUGGUGAACAGAGACAAGUACAACAAAGUUUGUGGAGAACUGGACAGUGCACUGCUUCGAGAGAAACAGGCAGAGGACCUUCUUAAAGAGCAAGGCGAACAUCUGCUGAACAUGGGCAGACAGUUGGAGUCAAAGCACAAGGACGAAAGCUCACGCGAGAUAUCACUGGCCGAGUCUGCACGUGAAUUGUGUGAGGUGAAAUUGGAGCUGAGCAAGAAGACUCACGAGAUCAGAGGGUUGAGUCGCAAAAUGGAGGAACUGCAACUGGAAAAAUCAAGGCUACAGCAGUCGAUGACUAGCGCGGACAUCAAUGCGCGGUGUGCAGUUAGAGAUGGAGACAUGGUGUCGUGUUAUGUGAAGGCUGUGAAUGAGUCAGUAGAGGGUUUCAAGAACCAACUCAUAUACUCCCCAUCCACCCUAAACACUCUCACGCUACCGCACUUGGACGAAGUACUCUCUGGAAACACCAAAUACAGUAACGAACUCAAAAUAUGUCAUGAGUUGGUAUUGAACUUUGGUGACACUCUGGGUCAUCUGACGACACACCUGCACAACCAGUCCAAUCAGAUUCGAACUCAGAAGGAGAAUAUCGCUGCUCUGAAGCAGGAGUUGUUAGUUUCCACAAAGCCACCCAUGCAUCCAAGCUACAGCAGUGGCUUUCACUCCAAUGGCAAACAACUACAAUCUUCCGCGACAUUUUCCAAUUCAAAACAGAACCGGCAGCGCACUCCCGACUCAGACUACGGAGGAAGCAGCUUCCACAGUCACAGCGCGUUUCUCAUGUCCUCCUCCUCAGUUGCAAACUCACCCUUGAUGUUCUCGUCUACAGCUAAUCAGAAUCAGGGCAAUAAUAACCAUAAUUACCUACAACAGGGUCUUACUCAGCCGGAGAAUUCAGCUGCCUCUUUAUACCAAGACUCAGCUGGCCACAAUUCGCAAGAAAAGCAGCCGACUCCAAGGAAAAAGGAAUCAUCCAAGAGAACAUCUUUGACUUCCGAACACAACACAAUUUCCAGAAAAAACUCUCAGAGAAAUAGUUCGUCGUCAUCACUGAACAAAGUCCCAGGAAAUCAGAGAUCACCUGUGAGGGUCAACAGCAGCCGGCGAUGAAUAAACAAACUCGCUUACUGAAAUCUGUUUGAAUUUUUUUCUUCUCUUGUUGUCUAUCUGUAUUUUUAUCUAUCCUUAGUUUGAAUUCGUUCGAUGUAAAUAUGUAACGUAAGAUUGUGUGUAAAUACAGUAUUACUUUGUAAAAGUGAGAGAUGGUGUUUCUUAUAAAAAUUAGAGUUGAUUUGUUGUGUGGUUUUUCUACAGUUAUUGUACAGAUGAUGUGCUUGUAAAAUAAAUUUGGCUACACGUGAUUAAGAAACAAGUUUGCUAAAUGUUUUCACUGCUCUCUGACAUGUCGAAUUGUUUUUAAGAGUAAUGAACGUAGUGG